AACAUUCAUUCCUCUCUACGGAGUACUGUCAAACAGCAAACCUCGUCCAAAUCUCAGAACCCAGAGAUAGAUCAAGAUCAUCGCAGCGACAACCAUGCGCACAUCCUACCUCCUCGCCGCCGCCCUUACCCUCCUUGGCGGUGCUUACGCCGACGACGACAGCACCACAGUAGUCGGCUACUUCAUGCCCUAUUGGUCGGUGGACCUCCCUGAAUACGGCGGCUGGACAAGCACCGGCGCCAGCGUCGCAGGCAUCAAUGCCGUGAAAACCACCUACAAAAUGAGCUGUCUCAAAGACGCCCCCAAGACAGACUGCGACAUGAAGGACGCAUACACUAUCAUUCAAGGCCCGGAAACCGUCAGUGUCAGCCAAGUAUACACUGCUUCGACGUCGGACAAGACCACCAGCUUCGAUGUCACCGUGACUCUGUCAUACGAAUGCUCAUUGAAGUCACGGACUGAAUCGGCGAGCUGCACUAUGAGCGCGGGUUUCAGUGGAAGUGAUGAUGGCGCGACGUACGCUUCGUCGACGUCGACCAAGUCUACCUAUGAGAACCCGACUAGCAGAUUCUAUUCCCUUGUUGUCACGGGGGGUGUCAAGUCGUUCACCGAGCCCGCCGCUACGAAGACCCCUGAUGCUGCUGCUGGUGUCGGGGCUCCUGUUGCGGCCAUGAUUACGGCGGCGCCUGUUGCGGCCGCUGCUAUGGUUGCUGCGGCUUGGGUUUAGGAUCGGCCAGUGGAAAUAUUGAACUGAUUAUGGAAAAUUCUCUGAUCGUUAUCGAUUGUAAUGUGGAAGGAUCAAAUGAUACUUGUGGUAGCACUGCAGUUGCUAUCUAAGUAUUCCGUUGUUGUCUGCUUGUUGCUG